CCUGUAUUGUUCAGAGGAGGCGCCCCGAACCCAUGAUAUCUGCGCGCUUCAUGCUCGUCAAAACAGAACCGAAAUUUAAUAUACACUUUUCUGUAGACAUUAUCAAAUCGGACAAUAGUAUAAUUAAACUGGGCAGCAGCCAAGUCGAUGGCUGCAAAUACCUGAAAUUGAUGUAUAGCGAUAAUAUGUAUGGAAAGGUGUACAAACGCGUUCAACAGCACAGCAAUUUGCCAAAAAAGUGUCCAAUACCUGGCAACAAACUCUUCGAAAUUCGCAACUUUACGGUCCAACCGGAUGACUACCCCCCAACAGUGCCCGAGUUUACCUUUCGCAUAACAUUAAAAAUACAGAAAGAUGAUCAUGUUGUGGCAAGAAUCUUCUUUGUUGCCACUACAAUCUAUUGA